GAACCCCAUCAGGCACAGAGACACCAAGUGCUUGAGGAAGAGGAGAAGCCCCUGGCUACUUGUCCCCUACCCAGAGGCUUGCCUAAGCCUUGGCCCAGGAGUGAAGUCAUGCGGAGCCCAGAAUAGCUUCUGCUGAACCGCGUGGCCGGGUCAGGCUCAGCUCGGGGACACAGAGACCCUCUCCCUCCAUCCGUCCCCGUUUCCCUCCCCCUCUCCCUCUCUCUCUGCCGCUGCCCCCUCCCUCCCCCUCCUCCCCCUACGCCUCUUCCCACAAGCUCAUACUCUGUCCUCAUGAGCUGGUCCCCAGAAGAGUGCAGGGGGCCGGGGGAACACCCCGGUGACAGACACGCCCUCUGUGCCAGGCUGGUGGAGAGGCCCAACGGAGGGUCUGCAGAGCGUCCAGAGUCUGGCUCGGGACCCAUCGUCACCCGUACGGCCUCGGGACCUGCCCUGGCCUUCUGGCAGGCAGUGCUGGCCGGGGACGCGGGCUCUGUCUCCCGCCUCCUCGCCGACUCCAGCACCGGCCUGGCUCCGGAUUCCGUCUUUGACACCAGCGACCCAGAGCGAUGGAGGGAUUUCCGCUUCAACAUCCGGGCUCUGAGACUCUGGUCUCUGACGUACGAAGAGGAGCUGACCACUCCGCUGCACGUGGCGGCUAGCCGGGGCCACACGGACGUUCUGCAGCUGCUGCUGAGGCGGCGGGCAAGGCCCGACAGUGCCCCCGGGGGCCGCACCGCCCUGCACGAGGCCUGUGCCGCGGGCCACGCUGCCUGUGUCCACGUACUGCUGGUGGCAGGAGCCGACCCCAACAUCCCUGACCAGGACGGCAAACUCCCCUUGCACCUCUGCCGGGGGGCUGGCACCCUCGAGUGCGCAGAACUGCUCCUGAGGUUUGGGGCGAAAGUGGAUGGUCGGUCUGAGGAGGAGGAGGAGACCCCUUUGCAUGUGGCCGCCCGGCUGGGCCACGUGGAACUGGCGGAACUCCUUCUGAGACGGGGGGCAUGCCCGAAUGCCCGGAAUGUCGAAGGCUGGACCCCACUGCUGGCUGCCUGUGACAUCCGCUGCACAUCCUCCGCCGAGGCCGAGGCCACCACCGCCCUCUGCCUCCAGCUGUGCCACCUGCUGCUCUCGGCUGGAGCCGAGGCCGAUGCUGCCGACCAGGACAAGCGCCGGCCCCUGCACCUGGCCUGUCGCCGUGGUCACGCGGCCGUCGUGGAGCUGCUCCUGUCCUGCGGUGUCAGUGCCAAUGCCAUGGACUAUGGGGGACACACGCCCCUGCACUGCGCUCUACAGGGCCCAGCUGCGGCCUUGGCCCAGAGCCCAGAGCACGCAGUGCGAGCUCUGCUUAACCAUGGUGCCGUCCGCGUCUGGCCUGGGGCCCUCCCCAAGAUGCAGCCUGACACAUCUGAGCACGUGACUCAGUUCAUCAUCUUUCAUUCAUCAAGCAAGCAAAGCCCAGUAGGGGGCAAAGACAAGGACGCAGACCAGCAGGAGGGGUGUAUGUGUGUGUGUCGUGUAUGUGUGUGUGUGCGUGCACACACACACGUGCUCACACAUGCAUAUACACGUGCGUGUGCAUAAAUGUGUAUGCAUGCAUGUGUGCAUGCACACGUGUGUGAUGGAGGUGGAUUGAGGGCAGGGGGCCAGAUUGUCAUGCAUCUGAAAAGACGGGAACCAGGACUGAUGUGGGCUUCAGGGAGUCCUUUCUUCAUCAGGGGGGCAAGCCAAGGAAAGAAUCGUGCAGGAAGCUCUGCCUGGCCGUGGGAUCCAUUCAGUGAGACAUUCUGUGCCCAGGAGAGGCUUCCCCAGAGCAGAGCGAUGAGCCUGGGUCAUGAGGUUCAAAGCCUCCUGACCUUUUGCAGACAGACAUGGUCCCUGUUUUUGAGAGCUUAGCAGGACAUGCAUCACCCAGACCAGCAGCUGCUAACCUGGCACGGGAGAAAAAGCCUUUCACUGUCAAUUUCCUGUCUGUAUCUUAUCUUAUUAACAUAAAAUAUUCCCAUAGUGGGUUCAACUUGAAGAUCUGUGCUACUGAUGUCCUGGCAGGGGGCCCUGUCCCAUGCCGUGUCGUGUCUGGAGGGGGCCAUGUAAUGUCACAGAGGGUGCUGGGCCUGGGGCAGGGACUGCCCCCCCCCCACUUCUGAAGAGCCCAGUCAGAAUGGAUACAGAGCAGCAGGCUGUGAGCAGGUCCCCUGCCCCAUCUCUGGGCUUGAACUGUCCAGCCCUGCCUGGUCCUGGACAUUCCUCUGCUGGCCCUGCCUUUCCCCUUCACUCACAAACCUAGAAGCAUCUGUCUAGAUUCCUAAGCAAGACCAAAUAAUUAAACAGCCCGAGAGUUCGGCAGAUUGGUCUCCCCUUUGGGAAAAUACAAGAAAAUCAACAAUUAACACUAAUUAAUCUCCUAUUAACACCAGAUAAUUAGGAGACAAGCAAUUCCCUGUAAUCUGACGGUGGCUCUGACAGCUAAUGAUUUCCCCUUCAGGGAGGGGUUGGAAGAAGGAGGCAGAGCAGCAAACAGAUUUCCUGGGACCCCGCUGCCCCUGUCUCUUCGCCCUGCUCUGCCCUGCCUUAAGGACCAAGGGGGCGGGCACAACCAAGUGCCCCAUUCCUCCCCUCCUCUGGGCGCCUCGCCCCAGGUGAUCAAAAAGUUCAGGAAGGAGUCUGCCUCCAUCUCCUAUGAUCUUCAGUGGCCCCACGCUUGCCAGAGGUCCCUGUCUCCCUGAAAGAAGUCAUCUGUGAUCACUGCCAGGCCCAGCCAGCUCUCCAGGAGCCACUGAGUGCUCAGGAAACCUGAGCUUGUUCCU